AUGCUGAAAUCCUGCCAACUACCUUCCGAGUUCAACAACAAACCCAAAUCAUUACCAGAUAUUGCAAAGAGAAGCGCCCUUGGGUAUAGACCUCCAACAACUGUUGUCAAUCUGAUUUUUGAACUAUUUGGCGUCGAACCUUAUGUUAGCAUGAAGUAUUUUCCCGAGGGCUUUGUGCUGCACGACCUCUUCUCACCCAACACGAUCCCGACAAAAAUAAGGGCAUACGCAUUCCUUUGGCUAAUGCAUCAUUUCCUGGAAGACCCCUCGGCAAUAACCAAUUUCCAACACGAGUCAAAGAUCGAGGCGUUCCAGAUUGCCCGACUGGAAGAUAUCCAGCCCGACUCGUCCCUUGGCUAUAGCCCUGAAAACGUGGACACCCCAGAAGAGAUCAAGUGGGGCAAAGAUAUGCAAAACUAUCGGAGGGAGUUCUUGAAGAAGUGGAGGGGCACAUAG